CUCGAGACUCGAACCCCGACGACGGCAACAAGCUGCAGAGACUGCAGACACAGCUGCCUCUGCCCGGCUCGUCCUCGCCCCGACAAUUGAUCCGCCAGCCCGGUCAUAUGUGGGAGCAUCUCGAGUUCAAACCACCCCGCGCUCUGCAUUCACCCGCCGCCUCGCCCUCGCCCCCGACCGUCCGCGACAGGAUCACUUCAAUAGCUGCGGGACCGGAGUCCUAGGAGGACCACGCCGUCAAGAUGAGAUUGGACGUCAAGCGCCAGCUUUAUGCCCGCAGCGAGCGGGUCAAGGGCAUCGACUUCCACCCCCAGGAGCCAUGGAUCCUCACCACCCUCUACAGCGGCCAUGUAAACAUCUGGUCGUACGAGACACAGCAGAUCGUCAAGUCCUUUGAGCUUACAGACGUCCCCGUCCGAGCUGGCAGAUUCAUUGCGCGAAAGAACUGGAUAGUCUGCGGCUCAGACGACUUCCAGCUGCGAGUCUACAACUACAACACCUCCGAGAAAAUCACCUCCUUCGAGGCGCACCCCGAUUACAUCAGAGCCAUCUGCGUCCACCCUACGCUGCCCUUCGUUCUGACAGCAUCCGAUGACAUGAGCAUCAAGCUCUGGGACUGGGACAAGGGCUGGAAGUGCGUUCAGGUCUUCGAGGGUCACAGCCACUAUGUCAUGGGGCUGGCCAUCAAUCCCAAGGACACAAACACGUUUGCCUCGGCAUGUCUGGAUCGGACCGUCAAGAUCUGGAGUUUGGGAUCCGGCACCGCCAACUUCACCCUCGAGGCUCACGAGACCAAGGGAGUCAACCAUGUCGACUACUAUCCCCACGCCGACAAGCCUUACCUCCUCACCACCUCCGACGACCGAACCGUCAAGAUCUGGGACUACACCACCAAGUCCCUGAUUGCCACCCUCGAGGGCCACACCAACAACGUCUCCUUCGCCUGCUACCACCCCGAACUGCCAGUCAUCAUCUCUGGUUCAGAAGACGGAACCGUCAAGCUCUGGCACGCGAACACCUACAGACUAGAGCAGUCGCUGAGCUACAACCUGGAAAGAGCGUGGUGCGCCUCUUACCAGAAGGGCAAGCAGGGUGUUGCCAUCGGAUAUGACGAUGGUGCCGUUGUGAUCAAGCUCGGUCGCGAGGAGCCCGCCGUGUCGAUGGACCCCUCUGGCAAGCUGAUCUGGGCCAAGCAAAACGAAGUUGUGUCGGCCAUCAUCAAGGGCGACGCCUCCAUCAAGGAUGGUGAGCCCAUCUCAUUAACCACCAAAGAUCUCGGAACAUGCGAAGUGUAUACCCAGACCCUGAUUCACUCGCCCAAUGGCCGGUUCGUUGCCGUCUGCGGUGACGGAGAGUACAUCAUCUACACAGCAUUGGCCUGGCGAAACAAGGCCUUUGGGUCUGCCUUGGACUUUGUGUGGGCCUCGAAGGAGAACAGCAACGACUUCGCCAUCCGAGAAUCGCCCAUGAGCGUCAAGGUGUUCAAGAACUUUGUGGAGAAGAGCGGAGGUUUGGACGUGGGUUUCCAGGCCGACGGCCUCACUGGAGGCGUUCUCUUGGGUGUCACUGGUCAGGGCGGAGUCUCCUUUUUCGACUGGGCCACCGGUGGCCUCGUUCGCAGAAUCGAGGUCGAGCCCAAGCAGGUCUACUGGUCAGAAAGCGGCGAGCUGGUGGCCAUUGCCUGCGAGGACUCAUUCUACGUCCUGCGCUUCUCCCGCGAGAACUACAUCGAGGCCGUACAGUCGGGACAGGUAGAGGAGGAUGGCGUUGAGUCUGCCUUUGAAGUCAUAACCGAUGUUAACGAGACCAUCCGAACUGGUGUAUGGGUUGGCGACUGCUUCAUCUACACCAACAGCACAAACCGCCUCAACUACCUGGUCGGCGACCAGACGUACACAAUCUCUCACUUCGACAAGCCCAUGUACGUUCUUGGCUACAUUCAGAGAGAUUCCCGCAUCUACCUCGCCGACAAGGACGUCAACAUCACCUCGUUUGCCCUCUCACAGCCCGUGCUCGAGUACCAGACGCUGGUUCUGCGGGAGGAUAUGGAGACGGCCGCCGAAUUGCUUCCCACCAUUCCUGCUGAUCAGCUGAACAAGGUGGCACGGUUCCUGGAGGGCCAAGGACACAAGGACCUCGCCUUGGAAGUUGCCACUGAUCCCGAGCACAAGUUUGAGCUGGCGUUGGCCCUGAACCAGCUCUCCAUUGCUCUUGACCUGGCUCGACAGGCUGAUGUGGAGCACAAGUGGAAGACGGUCGGAGAUGCUGCGCUGACUGCCUGGGAUGUCGCCCUUGCUGCCGAGUGCUUUGCUCACGCCAAGGACCUUGGAUCUCUUCUCCUUGUGUACUCUUCAACGGGUGACCAGGAAGGCCUGGCCAAGCUGGUUACGCAGGCCGAAGAGGCAAACGCCCACAACAUUGCAUUCUCAGCAUCUUGGCUAAUAGGCGAUAUCGACCGAUGCGUGGAGAUUCUGACCAAGACUGGACGGACAGUAGAGGCCACUCUCUUUGCCCAGACAUACAAGCCUAGCCUGGCCCCCGCCGCGGCAAGGACUUGGAAGGAGAGCCUGGAGAAGAACAAGAAGGGCCGGGUAGCCAAGCUGAUUGGUGUCCCGGAUGAGGAUGCAGAGCUGUUCCCCGAAUGGGACGAAUGGCUCAAGCUGGAAAGUGAGGGUGGUGUUGCGGCCGAUGUCGACAACGCGACACCCAACGGGCAGGCUGCAGAGGAUGAGGCCGAAGACGCAGAGGAGCAGGACGAGGAAAUGCAAGAAGCUCAAGAGGAGAUUGAGGAGGAGGCGGAGGAAUAA